UUACCAUGUGAGUUUUGUAUUAAUUAUAUUUUCUGCCAGCAGAGGGAAGUAAGAUUUUCUAUUUCUUUUAGGUUGUGUUCUACACAGUUCUACAUCCGAAAAUGACGAGCAAAACGAAAACACCUAAGACAAAGGAAGGCACUACAGAAGAUGCGCCUGUGGCUCUGAGAAAAAGACCUUUCAAGAGGCAUGGACGUUUGUAUGCAAAGGCAAUCUUCACUGGUUACAAACGUGGAUUGCGCAAUCAACACGAGCAUACCGCUCUUCUUAAAAUUGAAGGAGCCAGAACUAAACUAGACUCUGAUUUCUAUAUAGGAAAACGAUGUGUCUAUGUAUACAAGGCUAAAAACAAGACUCCCGUACCUGGAAAAACCACAAAGAAAACAAAGGUAAGGGCCAUCUGGGGCAAAGUUACUCGUCCUCAUGGAGCAAGUGGAUCAGUACGCGCUAAAUUUAAGAGAAAUUUGCCUGCUAAGGCUAUGGGUCAUCGUAUCAGAAUUAUGAUGUAUCCCAGUCGAAUAUAAACUGUUGUAUAACAUAAAUAAAUAAAUACCAUUUUGGUACCAAAA